AUGGGCGCCGAGAACGCCGUUGGCACGGCUCGCGGCCCGGCAAAGGCCGGCCGCUUGCACGGGGCCGCCCAGCUGUGGGGUCCUGCGCGGUUUCCGGCUCCAGGGCGGGGAUCCCGCGCCCGGAGGGCGAUCGUCGCCGGCGCGAAGCCCUGGCGACGGGUGAGGGUGGUGCCGGGCGGCGCAGCGUCCAACGCGGUGGUCGCGCCCGGCCGGGAUGUCGAGCUCGGAGAGAGGGCGGAGAAGUUUGGAGUGGACGGGGAUGAUGCCUUCGACUGGGCGAGGCAGUGGUACCCGGUGGCGAGCCUGCGGGCGCUGGAGGAGGCAGGCGGCGAGGGGCACCGGCGUGGCCUCCCACAGGUCCAGAGGCAGACGGUCCUGGGGAGGGACGUCGUGGUGUGGCGGGACGCGCAGGGAGCGUGGCGGGCGGCGGAGGACCGCUGCGCCCACAUGCAGGCCGCCCUGUCGCUGGGCACUGUGCGUCCCGACGGCACCCUGGCAUGCCAGUUCCACGGUUGGUGCUUUAACGGCCACGGGGAGUGCACGCACGCCCCGCAAACCACAGAAGCCGCCAGCCGCUCGGGCUCCUCCUCCAAGAUUGCCGCCUUCCCCACUCUCGAGAAGCACGGCCUCCUGUGGGUAUGGCCCGACGACUCCCCGUCAUCCUGGAUAGACUCCGCGGCCCGCGCGCCCGCCGCACACGGAGUCACCGGCGCAGACACGGAGUGGACGGUCCUGGACCUGCCGAUCAGCUACGUCGCCGCCGUCAACAAGACCCUGUCCUCCACCGACUCGAACUGCGCGGAAGACAGCCAAGGCAAGCUCCUGUGUGGGCCAUGGUCGUACGACAGCCAACCCGUUGCCAAUUUCGUCCAAAAGGGGGACACGAGCGCCAGUAGGGGUUUCUCGCUGUCGGAUGAGCCCCUACAGGGCGGUUUGGCCAAUGGCCGCACCGAGAUCGAGUUCAGGCCGCCCUGCCUCGUCACAACCGGCGUUUCCAACGGGGACUCUGUUCUGAACUCGGCGCUGUACCACACCCCGGUGAGCCAGGGGCGCACGCGCCUCGUCUACGGAAGGAGCGUGGAAUCGGGGGUAGGCCCCGGGCGGUUUGAGUCGGAGGACGGCCUGGCGGCUCUGCGGGCCGUGGUGAGGGCCGUGGAGGCAGUACCGAACUUCGUCCGGGCCCUCCCGCUGCUGCUCCUACCGCGGUACGUCAGGGCGUCGAUGGAGCACUUGCGGGCGCAGGAGGAAAUCGAGGAAGGCGUGCCGGCGCCGGGUGCUGUUGAAAUGCGAGGAUCGAGGGACAACAUCAACUGGAGGCGAUAUCCCAUUGUUCCCCCGCCCUCGGGUCUCGGUGUCGCAGCCUUUCACAGCUGGCUGAACAGAUUCGCCGGCGGUGAGCCUGCGUUGUUCAGCAAAGGCAACAGCCAGGGGGCAGCGCAGAUGGCGACCCACCCCAGAUGGGAAAGCCACACGAAAUCCUGCCCUGCAUGCAGGAAAACUCUCAAUUUCUUGAGAGGACUGGAGGCGUGGCUGCCAAGGGCGGGGGUGCUCCUCCUGGCUUUAACACUGUUUGCUGGCAAAGUCAGGAGCUCCGAUUUUCGACUGGUGAUGCCGUUGUGGGGAGCCGCUGCUGUGGCUUUCUGGGCAUUCGCGAAGGCUCAGGAUCUGCGGUGCAAGCUCCUCAGGGACAACGUCGGAGCGGGCUUUGUGGAAGACAAAGGAAGGAGAGUUCGAUUCUGA